UUCUCCCCUGGUGUCGGAAGCUGUGUGCAGUAGUUUGCGGAGGACAGAGGUGGGGAGAAGAACCGAAUUUUGGGGGAUCUGUGAGCAAGAAGAGCCACAGGGAGCAGCUGCUAUGGCUUCUGAACUCCUGAAAUGCUUACAGGAGGAAGUGACCUGCCCCAUCUGCCUGGACAUCCUGACACAGCCCCUGAGCCUAGACUGUGGCCACAGCUUCUGCCAGGCCUGCAUCACUGCAAAGACCAAGGAGUCCACGACAAACCAAGGAGGGGAGAGCAGAUGCCCUGUGUGCCGAAUCAGGUACUGUACUGGGGAGCUGCGGCCUAACUGGCAUGUGGCCAACAUAGUGGAGAGGCUCAGAGAGGUCAAGGUGAGCCCCGAGGAGGGGCAGAAGAUAAAUCUCUGUGAGCGCCAUGAAGAGAAACUCCUGCUUUUCUGUAAGACAGAUGGGAAGGUCAUUUGCUGGCUUUGCGAACGGUCUCAGGAGCACCGUGGUCACCACACGGUCCUCGUGGAGGAAAUUGCCCAGGACUACCAGGAGAAGCUCCAGGAAGCUCUAUGGAAGCUGAGGGAAGACCAGCAGGAAGCUAGGAUGUUGGAAGCUGGUAUCGGAGAAGAGAGAACUUCCUGGAAGAAACAAAUGCAAACUGAGAGACAAAGUAUCCAGGCACAGUUUAAAAAACUGAAGGACAUCCUGGAGUAUGAGGAGCUGAGGGAGCUGCAGAAUUUGGAAAACGAGGAGAAAGCUGUUCUAGGCAGGCUGGCUGAAGCUGAGGAUGAACUGGCCCAGCACAGCCAGCUGUUGACCGACCUCAUCUCGGAUCUGGAACAUCGGCUGCAGGCGUCAACGAUGGACAUGCUGCAGGAUGUGAAUCACCUCAUGGAAAGGAGCAGGGUCUUGAGUCUGAAGAAACCAAAAACUUUUCUCAAGGGACAAAGGAACACAUUCCGAGCUCUUGAUCUGCAAGAGAUAAUACAAGCCUUUAAAAAAGCUCACGUGAUUCCACACUGACCCCAAAAUACGACGUAUUUUGGCAUUUCUACGGGACGAAGACCAGUGAGAUAUAUGUGCUGGUGGAAAUCAAAUAAUGCAUGUAACAGCGAUUAUGGUGUCCCGGGCUCCCUGGUUAUCAGUUCGGGGAAACAUUACUGGGGGUUUGAUCUUGGGGGGUAUAUGAUAGAACAUGCCCAGAAUCCAAUAUGAAAUUUCAUGUUAGACAUACUUAAAAUUACCAACAUGUUUACUCUGGGUAUCAACCUAAUAUGGCUAUUGCGUUAAAGGGUUAAAGGGUUGAAUAUAAUGCUUUGAGGAGUCCUCCUUCUCUGACCCCUUCGUCUUAAUCCUGGCCUUGCCUGUUCCUCCCCAUUGUGUUGGAGUUUUCCUAGACUACAAGGCUGGCACCGUCUCCUUUUUCAAUGUCACAAACCAUAGGUUUCUCAUCUAUAAAUUCUCUUCAUGUUCCUUUUCUCAGAAAGCUUUUCUGUAUUUCAACCUUGGGAAAUAUACUGACCCCAUGACUCGGGGGGGACUGACUCUAGACUCUAGACUGACUCUAGAGUCAGAGUAGUAGAGUCUAGACUACUAGACUACUAGAGUCUAGUUCUUGUACUCGCCAAGCUCUUGAACCUUCUUACACCCCUACUUAUUUCUUUGUAGUUGCGCUUGCCUUAAGUACACCUAAUGCAUUGAGUCUGUCUCACCGUGUGUCCCUUGCUGCUUCCCUUUUCUCUACGUGAACACCUAUAUUCAUCAGCAGGGUGUACAAUUUGCCUUGAAUAAUGUUUUUCCCAGUAUGAUGUUUGCAUUAGGAAAGAAUCUCUGUUCAUAAUUUUCCAUAGUCCCAACGGAAAAAAAAAAAGGGCUGAUGCCUCAUAAAGAAAGAUCAUUAUUGAGGGAACAACUCUGCCAGAUUGUUACAAUCCCAUUUCCUCUGUCAUGACUGAAAAGAUGAAGGAAAGCUUUUCAACAAUUUUGAUGUAUUAUCAAAGACCUAAGCGUAGGAAUUAUUCACUAAAGACUGAACCCUUAGUGGUGUGUCUGUUCUCAUGAUGCCUUUUACUCAUCAAAGAGUUAGGGAGAAAAUGAGAAAAUAUCAUAAAUAGUAAGAAUGGAAGUUUAUGUUCAGCAUGUCUGAGUUCCUGUCUUCUCUCCACACGUAGCAAAUGCAACCUUGAAUGACAUACAUUAACGUUGUGUUUAUUUUCUUAAAAUAAGCUUGGUGUAAAAACUGCACUGUACUUAGGAUCAUCGUAAGAAAAUAAAUGUCAUUAAAA